GGCGCGGUGCGGGGCGGCUGCGCUCCAGAGGGGCCCGGGCGCGGCGGUGGAGCGGCGGCGGUAGCAGCGCGGCGGCGGCGGAGCGGCGGGGCCCGGGUCCGGCGGCGGCUGCAGCACCGGCAGCCGCCCAGCAGCCGCAUGCCCGGGCGGGCGGAGGCGUCGCCGUCCAUGCGGGGCGGCGGGGCGUGAGCGGCGGCAUGAGCCAGAGCGAGGUGUCGCCGUGCGCGGCGCCGCCGCCCAGCCAGCGCGUCUUCCAGGAGGCGGUGCGGCGGGGCAACACCAAGGAGCUGCAGUCGCUGCUGCAGAACAUGACGAACUGCGAGUUCAACGUCAACUCCUUCGGGCCCGAGGGGCAGACGGCGCUGCACCAGUCCGUCAUCGACGGCAACCUGGAGCUGGUCAAGCUCCUGGUCAAGUUCGGCGCCGACAUCCGCCUGGCGAACCGGGACGGCUGGAGCGCGCUGCACAUCGCCGCCUUCGGGGGCCACCAGGACAUCGUCCUCUACCUGAUCACCAAGGCCAAAUACUCCGCCGGCGCCCGGUGAUGCCGGGGCCGCCGCCCCCCCCCCCGUCCCCCGCUCCCCCGGCCGCCAAAGCUGCUCCCACCCCCGCGUGGGGUUUAUUUGGCGAAGAUUUGGGGCCCCACGCAAAACACGCCACCGUUCGCCUGCUUUUGUUUUUUUUUUUUCUUCCAAGGGUUGUUUUCCUACUGUAAUGUGUUUGGGUUUUGUUUUUGGUUUUGUUUUUUUUUGUUUUGGUUUGUUGUUUUGUUUUGGUUUUUUUCUCCUCCAUCUACCUCGGCUGCACUCACAGUAUUCACGGUUUCAGUUUGACAUCUGGUCAGAUGCUUUAAAGGCUCCCGCCCCCUCCCCGCUAAUAUUUAAUCCUCUCUCCCCUCGCUCCCUUCCCUCCGAUUUAAAGUAUUCUGGCUCAGAAACGAAUUCAUUUCAACGCCCCCGCCCCCCCCCCCCCCCCCCCUUCCCGCGUGCCCCGGGACGGGCUGGGGGCUCGGGGCACCGCGGGGGGGCUCCUCCCUCCUGCAACCUUCCCCCGUGUUUUCCCACCGCUGAUUUUUUUAAUUUUUUUUUUUUUUCUUGAGGCGACUCCGUUGGAAUAUGACAGACACGGUUUUCUCACCCCGGUUUUGCUCCUUUUUUGUUUUAUUUUGCGUUGGGUUUUCUACUUUGUUUCUUUUUUUUGGGUGUCCGAAGAAAGUCUGCGUCCUCACCCGCUCCUUGAAUCCGUUUAGCACACCUGAGAUCCCAGGAAAAGACAUUGAAUCCUUCUGGUUUUGUGUGUAAACUGGGAUUAGCAAAUCCUGGACUUUUUUUUUUUUCCUUAAAAAAAAGAAAUAAACUCUAGAGGCAGAGGAUUUGCUUUUGCACAGGAAAGGGGCGCGAGCGCUCUCUGCUGCCUAGAGAGAUGCCGGAAAACUACUGAAAAUAGUUUGGGAACUUUAUUUUUCUUUUGGUGAAACUUGGAUAACACUUCUCAAUGCAGAACGAUUCAUUUGAUGUAUGUAGAUUCACCCGCCUUUUAUAUUAUAUAUAUAUGCCUAAAUAUAUAUAUUUAUAAAAGAAAGGGAGGAAGAAGAGAAAGCCACCCGAGGUCGCAUUUUGAAGUGACUGCACGUAUAAUCGCAAAUGCUGCUUUUUUUUUUUUGCUAUGGCACAAGAACAUCCAUUUGGAAAAUGCGGAAAAUUUCAGAAGUCUCCUUUCUCCUGCUGGUCUUUCAGCCCUCUUCUCUUCGUCUGCACUAAAGCCAUCCGUAUCACUGCCAUCUCCCCGUUCUUUCCUCUCUUGCUCCCUGCAUCCAAACCAUUGCGAUUAAAAAAAAAAAAAAAUAGUUACCUGCUGGUUUAUUUGGGUUGUGUCUUAACUAUUUAUCAUGUAUGUAUAUAUUUGUGGGUAAAGAUUGUGAGCCUGGUUUUGUUGGAAGCUGGUGGUGAGUGUUUCAAAAAUAUGGUUUGGGAAAUAUGCUUUUUGUUGAUGUUGUUUGUUUGCUUUCCUAGUCUUAAAACUAAAAAAAAACCAACUUGAGUCUGCCAUGAUUAUUUCCCAUUGCACUGAAUAUUCUGCUUUGUCUCUGAUGGUUUCACCUACAGUUUGGUUUUUGGUUUUCUCCACUUCAACGAUUUGAGAUGAUGUUUAAAAAAGCUCCAGAUUUAAAGAAGAACAAGAGAAAAAGCGCUGUUGAAAGCGUCUACUGUUAAUGCUGUAAUUUGCAAGGAACUGCUUGGCCGAAGUCUUUCUGUGAGCAUGGAAGGGGGUGUCCAGCACUUCCACUGGUGCUUCUGUGCGAUAGUUACGGGGUGGGAACAAGAUCUUUUCUAGCAAGGUUUUAUCGUCGUUACCAGAUGGUUGCACAUUUAUAUUUUUUUGACUAAAUGGAUUUGCCACAAUGAAAUGUCAUAACAUUUAUGACAUGAUAUUAAAAAGUGUAUUGUAAAGCCAAGUUCUAGAUGGAUUUUUAAAAAGAAAUCUUGGUUAUAAACCCAGUCUAAAGGGAGCUCUGUCCAGUGUUGUAAAGACAACAUGAUGUAACCCAUAUUUAUAUUUUUAUAAAAUACCUAUUAAGACUGUGAAUCUCCUGUGUGAAUUGCUGGGUGAGUUGUUUAAGAAAAGUAUUGUUCCUUUCCAGCCUCCUGGAGCUUUAGACACGCUGAGAUUUUGGGAAACUGUAUGUCGGGGAAGGGGGUUUGCUCUGAAAUUGUGAGUUGAUGUAUUUUUACAUCCCUUUGUAUUUUACUGAAAAGCUGCUGCCCUUCCUAGUCCCUAGAGUUUCAAUUUUCUAUGCAACCCCCACACCCCCAGUCUCUCUUGAUCCUGAGAAGUAAAAGGGAUGCAGAUUGAUUCAAAUUGAAAUGAGGGUCCCCCCCACCCCCCUUGUUGGCUCAUCGUGCUGCUGACCCUUCAUGCCAAAACGGGGAGUACAAGAAAAAUAAAUUAAAAAAAAAGAGGCAGGUGGGGGAGGCUCUUUCAUGCAUGACUGGUUGCCUUCCAGCAGUCAUCUUUUUAAUUAUUAUUAUUAUUUUUGUAAGAAGAAUAUAUUGAUAAUGUCAGUGAAAUAAGCAGACAUUGAAGCUGAUGCACAGAUUGCUCCAGAAAGGAGUUUUUCUGUAGAUUUUUCUUUAGAUGCGAAUACCUUUUUUAAUUAUGUUAAUUAAUGUUAAGAAUUUUUAGGCUUAUAUUGAAGCUGUAUGUGGGUCACUAUAUGAUCAUUUCUAACUGGAUAAAGUCUGUACAGUACAGCAUAUUCCUGAGUGUAUGAUAUAGACGUGUAGCCCCAGAGUGCGAAAUUUAUAAAUAAAUUUUUCAUUGAUCUUUUUAUAAAAAAAAACCCAAAACUAAA